GUCUUUGGUACCUUUUGUGGUUCCCAUCGUGGGUGACAAAACCUUGCUGGUGUGGGAGCUGAGCUCUGGACCCACGGCCGAGGCCUUGCAAGUGAGCCGAGCCGGGGCGGAGGGAGGGCUGGAGGAAGCCACCUCGCGCCCCAGUAACUGGGCGCCCCGGGGUACUGCUUCAGCACCUCAUCUGCCUGUGGUCUGCGCUGAGAGGAAUCUUAGUUCUAGAGCCGACCUGAGCAGUCAGCUCGCCCCCACAGAUUUUUGAGAGAUAGUUCCCAGCAGACGGCAUUGCCUCCUCAUGCUUCUCGAAGCUUAGGAUUUCAGAGGGAAACCUGUUCCUGAAAUGAGAAGUGUUUGGAGUUGCAGGAUCACCGCAGUUGCCUGCGGCGAAGGGCUGGGGGAAUGGAAGGGAACGGGCGGUUUGGCUUCCUGGGCGUGAAAUUGCCUGCACUUACUUAGCAUGGGACCACCCUACAGCAUCCUCUGUUCACAGUCUUCUCCCAGUUUGGCCUUCUGUAUUCGGUCCGAGUCUUCCCAAAUGCAGCAGUGGCCGGUCCUGUGUUCUAUGCCAUCAUCAAGGUUUAUUCAGCAAGGGAUGCCCACAGAGCCCAAAAGGCAUGCGACCAGAAGCAGCUUUUUUAGGCAUCUCCAGUGAAGGGUCAUUAUCAUUCCUUAUGAAAAGGAAGGGAACCCAGAAGCUUGCUAUUCACAAGGCUAUGACAGAUGCAUUCCGGAAACUACUGAUUGUGGUUUUAGAAAGUGGUAAAAUAGCUGUGGCAUAUAGACCCUGUGAAGAGGUCACAGAUGCUAGAACUGAAGAGGAACAACAGGAUUUAAUUCAAGUAUGUGGAGAUAAAAACUCAAGGGGAUACACAGCCAGUGUAGCCAUAAUUCAAAACAACCAGCAGGAUUUGGAAGACUUUGGCAUGUCUACUCAGCUCUGUCAACCUUCGGAAGAUGUGAAACUCUGAAACUGCUUUUGAGGCAGGGAAUUUCUAGGACUUCUCCAGGUCCCGAGCCUUGUCUCUGGCUCCUUAUUUGAAGUUUGGAGAGCAGGAUUGAGGGCCAUCAGUGUACGUCUACAGUUGUGGACACAGGAGAAGACACAGGCCUUUUAGAACUCCCCUUAAAUAGAAUUGCAGGGAUUUGGGAACAAAGUAACUAUGGCCUUAAGUGUGAUUAUGCUACAGUGUUUAAAAACUAUUCAUGCCUUUCAAGUAAGGUAUAUUACCCAGAUCUCAGCAUCUCAUAUAUAUCUGGUGUUAAAUAUUUUGCGGAAGAACCUUUCUGUAAACCAAUUAUAUGGAUGCCUCGAAUUAGGGAUUAAGUUGUCAACGUAAUUUCUAAAAGAAAACAUUAAUGUACUGCAUAUAGGAUUUUUGUUAAAAAGGAGCAAAAAAUGUGUUUCAUGUCAUUGAGAGCUUAAUUUGGGGCUAGAUUUCUGACUAUUUAACUCACCCCAAUGUUGCAAAGUUUGUUUUGAAGGGAAGAAAGUAGAGAAAGAAAAGGUGGUUAUGUUCUGAAAAAUGUAAAAAUUUUGAAAGUGUUUCCUGUACAAAAUAAUUAAUUUAAUUCAAUUUAAUUCAGUCAAGGAAACUUCAAACGUUUCCAUGUUUGGGCUUUAAGAAGUCUAGCUUCCUGUGAAAUGUGAGAGGAAAGGAUUCCUUAUUGAUACUAAAGAUCUCGGAAAGCUGAUUAUAACAACAGAUCCAUUCCUAAAUGAGGCCAAUCUUGGAAUCAGUUCCAUUUAGAAACCAUUAUGUGCUAGGCACUGGAAAUAAGAUGAAGCUCCUUCUCUCUUGGAGUUUAGGUGUUAAAGGUGUACCAGACAAUUAAAAAGGACUAAAAUUAAAUAGAUUAUGAAAAGGACUGUGAAGAAAGUAAACUGGAUGCUAGUUACAGUAUUUCAAGAAAACUACUUACCAUGCUGACUUUAACAUACUAAGUGUCUUCUCCGCGUGUGCACACAGGGUAGACCUCUGCAAAGCGACACUAGUUUUUUCUGGAUUAACGGCUCUGUUGAGACAAGGUGGGAUGGGGGAAGUUUUCCCAUGCUAAUGUAAAGGGCCAUACACUUGGUUUUAGACUCUCUUUCCCAGAAUGAAUUGCUCACCUGCCCCGAAGCCCUCCUACAGAAGUUCUGGAGUCAUCACUGAUUCAGUGGUAACCCCUAAUAAUAGAGUGGUGAAUUAAUAAUGAGACGUGAAUACUGAGAGUUUGGAGGAAAUGGCAACAUUUUAGAGUAACCGUAAGGUGUGUUCCCUUCCCGCCACCCUAACUGGUGCUCAUUUUGCAGGUCAGCUACUUUUCUUGUCAGCCGUGUGGCCAAAGGGGGGAAGAAUGCCUCUCAGACUUGAGCUUUGAGGAGGAAGUGUUCACAUUGCCAGAACUGGACUAGCACUUUUGAAUUUCCCAGAAUGCCAGGUCUUGUGGUUUCCUUGGGAAGCUCUGCAUCCUUCCCAACCCCCCCGCCACCCCUGGGCCGCUGGAGUUUGGGGCCACUCGGGUCUCCAGCUCAAAUCCCGCCUCAUUGUUUGGGGCCAGGGAGGGCAGGGAGGGCUUGGGAAGAGGGCCCGGCAGGAGGUAAUUGUCGCCUUUGCAAGGGGAAGGAUGGCUGGCGCCCUGGGGACUCUGGGAAAAAGGCCCACUCUGGUGGCGCGCAUUGGAUCUCCGCACGAACCUAAUAACGGUGGCGGAACUAAACACGUCAUAAAUAAGGG